GCCGCCUUCGAGCGGACGUCUUUUCGUUCAAAAGAAAAUUUUAUGAAAAAUUACGUCUCAAAUGUUGUGUGAAAACUUGUUUUUUUUUUAAAUCAUGCAGUUUUAUUCAAAAUCGGUGGCAGGUGUAGAACACUAAAUUAAAGAUGAAAGCCUGGACUGCACACGAGCAGGACACAACGCUGUCAUGCUGUCGCGCUCUACACGUCAAGCACGCGGCCUAUGCCAGCGCUCUUUACACAUUAAAUAUCUCGAUAUUAGUGGUGCUGUUGUAUAGUUGGAGGAUCGGCGUCAACGCCAAGAGAUAUAAAGAAUUGGACGACGUUUAUUAUGGUGUACAGAUAGCGUAUUUCGCGAUAAUUGGAACGCAGAUGUUCAUGAUCGUCUUAAGCAUAUUCCUGUUUUACGGGAUUUAUAAAGAAAACGUCGCGUUUCUGGUGCCGUGGGUGGUGGGCUGCAUGACCUUCAUGGCACUCGAAGCCAUGGCGAUGGUCUACUCGAACAUACUAAGAGAUCAUGUUAACAAGCAAUUUGACUCGAUGUGCAAAGCCGAAAUAUCAUUUUUAAUACCGAGAAUAUUUCUAAAUUGCCUUUGCAUCUGGUGUGUCCUGCGGCUUUACCACUUGCUGCGAGCCGGCGUGACCUGGAAGGGUGCGGUGCCGAUAGAGCUGUGA